CCUCUCGAGCGGCUCCGGUCUCGCGCAAACGUCUCACCUCAACUCUGCAUCGCAUUCGAGGAAGUGUCGCCUGAUCAUUUUUCCCCGCAUGUAAUGGGAAACGACAAACCACAGAGCUACAAAAAUAUCUUAAACAGUUUCCACUUCGCACUAUUGUCAAAAAACUUCUUAUCUCAAUAGGCACUUCUUUUUGUACAGAAUAUGGAAAAGCGGAUAGCGACAAGGAAAAGCAAGCGAGCAGAUCUGCAAGGGCUAAGAGGAGUCGCAAUUCUUCUCGUGUUUGUGAUGCAUUUGAAACCGAAGACUUACCGCUUUGGAUUUGUGGGAGUAGACAUAUUUUUCGUGCUUUCCGGCUACCUCAUGUCUAGAAUGCUUAAACACAAAGGAACUACGGCAGUCUCCACCAUGGAUUUUUACGGACGCAGAGGACAACUCGUCAACGAUCUUCUUUGGGUGUGCACGUUUACUUCUAACCUACAACCAGUUUUUCAAAGGCUAGGAUAUUUUGAACAGCUAACGAAAUUUCGAUUUUUCGUACAUACUUGGUCUCUCGGAGUGGAGCUGCAGUAUUAUCUUAUUGCACCUGUAAUAACGAAAAUAGCAUCCUAUUGCACGAAUAACAUUCGUCUAAUGUUCCUUCUUUUUCUUGCAGUACCUUCUGCCGCCUUUCAGCUGUACACUCCACCCAAUAUAUCAUACGGCUUCCCAGUGUCUCGAAUAUGGCAGUUUUUGUGUGGAGCAAUUGUGAACGAGUUAACUACCUUGCCUUCAACAACUACUCAUGAAUACGAGCUUCUAUCAAAUCAAGAUCACAGGAAACAGGAUGCUGAUAAAAGGGACCAUUACACAUUGGAACAUAUGUCUAACUUACAAAAACAAAAAGCACCUGGAACCGAUCAAGAAAUCGACUAUGCAAUUGAAUGGAACAUGCGGCAAUUGAGUGGAGACGUUCACUUACCGUGCGGUAAGGAUGACACUCAGCUUCAUUCAAAGUUUAAAGGUAUUCAGUGGAGAUGUGUUGCGAGUGGAAAUGGCACUGCCAAUAUCAUCUUAGUAGGAAACUCCUUCGCACGGCGGGCAUACCCGCUAAUUCACAACAUCCUCAAAGGGCGUUAUCGCAAAUUCCGUCUCCUUGCAGCAAGCGGAUGCGCCCCUCUACUGAACUGGUGUAGCUCUUUUUCGGGUGCAGUGAGAGAAAUGGUACAGCGGGAAAGACCCGAUAUUGUAUUGGACAUUCACUACGAUAUAGUUGGUCCAGUUGAGGAUAUUGAAACAGAUAUGACCUAUAAUCAAUAUCAAAGCAACAUUAAUUUUAUCAGCAAUUUUACGAGGUUUAUUGUCAUUGACAUGCCCUAUUUUAAACACAACUUUCUUAUCGGCGCAGAACUUGCAAGAAAGCUUCGACAUGGCCUUUCUCUUGGUGAUGAAUUUGUCGUUACUUGGAAGCAGUACAUCAAGCAAACGCGAUCUACGAGAAUAUUCAGAAGCUCAAUUAACUGCACCAAAUGCAUCUUCAACGAUAUCGCUGAGGGACUGUUUCAAAGCGGCAGCUUUCUCACUUACGAUCCUGUCACAUUUCUAGCACGGAUUUCGGACACACAUCAUCUUACUCCGGUCGGUCUCGAACUGCUGCGCCCCUUGUAUACAAGAAUUUUGGAAAAAUUGCUCCAACUUUAA